UCAGCAAAACAGAACCUUACCUUCCUUAGCUGUGUCUAGUCUAUAAAAGUGAACUGGAAAGAAGAUGUUUUUCCUUGUAGUCAACCCCGCUUCUUCGAUUAGUGCCCUGUAGUGUGAUAGUUGCUGCCGUAGACAAGCUCUACAACGUGCGUUCUCAAUGAAAUCCGCUAAAGCUUCCCUGUGCCUAGUGCUGAUCGCUAUCGUGUCAGUAAACGCAUUGCCACCGGCCAGCAAAGCUGAAAUCCGUCGGAACAUUCGCGUGUGCGCCAAAGAGAACGGAGUUUCGAGUCAAAGCGCGCUGCGGGUGCUGAAAGGAAACUUCUUCGAUGAUAGCGAUAACAUCAAGUGUUUCAUCAAGUGUAUGUUCAGUAGCAUGGGAUUCAUCAACGAGAACGAUGAGGUCAACGAGGAGGCAAUCCGGGAGAAGGUGAUGGAGCACAUAGGCUCGGACGAGGCAAACACACUGUACGAGAAGUGUAACAUCACCGGUGAGGAUUUGUGCGAUACUUCGUUCCUCGUGUACAAAUGUAUAUUCGAAAAUUAUGACGUCUCACCUGACAUGAUGGAUUUGUGAGCGGUUAUCGUUUGAUCAGUGCUUAAGGGAAGACUCAAGUGAAAUGUGCAAGCUGGCACUACGGGGGAGAAUCAAUCUGUUAUAGUCUUGAUGAUGUUGUUUCUUAUGCUGUACAUUCUCAGAAUCUAUGUCACACAUGAAACAUUCGGUUUUGCUGUGUAAGGUUUUUUAUAGGGACCUAUUUCUCUAAACGGCGUUUCUCGUGAAGCGAAUUUGAGUUUCAAUUAUGAACUGUUCCUCAUAGGAACAUGCAAUUUUAUGAUCUGUUUAAAAUGGUAUAAUGAUUAGGUGAUGAAAAACUUGAAAAUUCAAGUUCAAGUUUUUCCAAUUGGAACGGCGUAAGAGAAUAAUAAAUAAUUAGACUGGUUUUGGUCCUUAAAAAAACACACAGUCGACAGUUGAACAAACAUUAUUUCAACGAUUCUAUAAACAAAAACUCAAAUGAUUUUUUUAUGUUUAUGUAGAUAUAACUAGAAAUUUUCGAAAACUAACUAAAUAGAAAUAUAUAAGUCAAAAUCUUGUCAACA